AUGAUCAGUGAUAAUGCAAAUAGUGGUUCUUAUGCUUGUUUCGAUAGUGAUCAAACAACUUAUCAGUGGGAUUUGGAAGAAUCCAUAUUUGCAUAUCUUGAAAUGAAAAAUGUUUUAACACGUGAAAAACUCGAUCCAGCACUCAAACUCAGUCCAUUUUUAGAUACAGACGAACGUGAAGAAAGUCUCUUCUCUUACUACCAACGUCUCUGUACUACGAUCGAUGAUGUUGUCUGUUACAUGUGGAUUGCACAAGCCUUCUCUGGCAUGACUCUACAAGAACUCAAAUUUUAUGUUGAUGAAAUGUUGCAAUCAAACACUGGUAAUACAACAAUCAAAACUAUUUUAACAACAUCAAGUAAUAACUCUAUAAUUCAAACUGAAUACGACGCACCUAUACCGAACUUUUACAAAGCUCAACAAGAACUCUAUAAUCGUCUUAUGGCAAAUGGAAUAGAGGUCUUUGUUGUUACAGCUAGUAAUGAAGAACUGAUACGUAUGGUUGUAGCUGAUCCAAAAUAUGGUUACAAUGUUAAACCACAAAAUGUAAUUGGAAUAGCAACACUUCUGAAAGAUAAUACUCAAUUGACUGUAUCUCGAAAGCAGAUUCAAGAUAAUACUUACGAUCAAAUGCAAAAUUUAAAUUUAAAAUUGACUUCCUAUCUGUGGUCUCCUCAAUCGAUGUUCGUUGGAAAAUAUGGCGCUAUUUUGACAUAUAUAAAUCAGUGGAAAAUGCCAGUUCUUGUAGCAGGUGAUACUCCUACUAGCGAUGGCUAUAUGAUGUUUCAUGCUUAUAAUCAACAGCGCGGUACAAUUCGUCUAUGGGUAAAUCGAAAGGAUGCCUAUCUAACUCUAAUUAAACAAAUGAAGAAUCAGUACGCUAGCGAACAAAAACAAAAUGAUCUUCCAGUUACAGCUGAUAAAAAUUGGAUAUAUGUAACACCAAAUGACCUUGGACCAGAAAAUGGAAUGUUAUCGAAUGUUACAAGUAAGAAGAAAAAAGUUUUAAAAGAUAAGAUUCAUGAUCUUUUCUCAGUCUCCAGAACCUACGCUAAAUAA